UUUCAAUCUCCUCAACUUUCUCAUUUUAUAGUACACGUUAUUUUGAUUCCUUCCUCUUGUAUUCGAUGUGGGAAUUUACAAAAACCUACCUAAGCUUAAGCUCAAUUUCUUUAAUUUUAAUUCUGUUUUGGUUUAAUUUCUAUAGGUUUUGACAUUUAUUAUUUACACUAAAACAAGCUGAAACUGUGUGGUUUCUAACUUCUCAAUUUUUAAAUCUUUUUCUAGCCUUCAAUUUGUUUGAGGACAUAUAAUUGUAGGGCAUGGAGGUAUUCUAACCAGUAGACAUAAUAUCAUAUUUGCUGAUUAGUUAGAAGACAAUGCCACAUGACCCUUAAAUAACAAAAAAGAGUCACCGAAUUCUUACUGAUAUAGUACUUCCCUUGAAUUUCCUUUCUGCAAAAUACUAAUCAUCAGAAACACCAUGGCUAGAUAUUUGUCUGCCCUUCUUGCGAAGCAAAUUCUGCGUCGAUCUACAUCAGCUGCAAACAGAACAACCUCAGGAUGUUCAAGUGUGCCUAAAGGUUUCUUGGCAGUUUAUGUGGGCGAGACAGAGAAGAAGCGAUAUUUAGUUCCUGUAUCCUAUCUGAGAGAGCCUUUGUUUCAAGAUUUGUUAAGUAAAGCUGAAGAGGAAUUUGGUUUCGAUCAUCCAAUGGGUGGCUUGACAAUUCCUUGUACGGAGGAUACUUUUGUUGAUUUCACUUAUAACUAGUGCAGAACCUAAGAAAAUAUGGCUGUAGACUAAACUAAUUAAACACAUAAAACAAUUUUGUAUGAUAAAAACUUAAUGUUCAAUGUAAAUAGUUUUACUUUUUAGCUUUUCAAAUGAGAGAUGUUUAUAUUCUUGUC